UGUUUGGGUGUGAUUUGUGGAUUCCGGGGGAAAGUCAAAACCCCGGCAUUUUUCACUGCUUUCUGCACAGUUGUCAGAUCAGCUGUAGCAGUCGACGGGAGAGCGGUGAUCGGCUUUGAUUUGUCGUCUUCAAACUCGUGUGUCUAAAGCUAAAAAGUGCCUGUUAGUCAGUUCAACAUGGAGAACCGAAAGCGACCAUUCGAGGCAGUUUCGAGCCCCGGUGAGAGCUUCAAAACGCCGGAGAAGAGAGUGUCCGCGGUCCGGGUGUCGGAUUCGGACUACAUGCAGUGGGGAGUGGAGGAAAUGUCUCUGUACCUGCGAAGAGAAGGUCUCGGAGAAUGGGAGGAAUCAUUUAGGGCGCAAAAAAUCACUGGUGUCGGGGUUCGGGACCUCAAGGAUGCUGACCUGGAGAAGAUUGGCGUACAGUGUCUGGGUGACCGUCUGCGAAUCCUCCACAGCCUCAGGAAGCUGUGGCAGAUUGAAACUGAGCCAAGCAAGGUGUUUAAUGAUCCUAUCCAUGGACAUGUGGUGUUACACCCACUUCUCAUCAAAAUCAUCGACACACCUCAGUUCCAAAGAUUACGAAACAUCAAGCAGUUGGGAGGAACCUACUUUGUCUUUCCAGGAGCAUCCCACAACCGGUUUGAACAUUCGCUUGGAGUGGGCUAUUUGGCUGGACAGCUUGUAAAAGCUCUGAACGAGAGGCAGCCAGAGCUCCUUAUCUCCCGCAGAGACGUCCUGUGUGUGCAGAUUGCCGGGCUGUGCCAUGACCUGGGACAUGGACCAUUUUCCCACAUGUUCGAUGCUGUGUUCCUCCCCAAAGCACGUCCAAAAAAGACCUGGAAGCAUGAGACUGCCUCUCUCUCCAUGUUUGACCAUCUGGUGGAUGACAAUGGCCUGAAGCCUGUGAUGGAGCAGCACGGGCUGGUGCUGCCUGAGGACCUGGACUUCAUUAAGGAGCAGAUUGCUGGACCAUUAGACACUAAUGCAGCUCAGAGCAAAAGGUGGCCAUACAAAGGCCGUCAGAAAGACAAGUCCUUCCUCUACGAAAUUGUGGCCAAUAAAAAGAACGGCAUUGAUGUAGAUAAGUGGGACUAUUUUGCAAGGGACUGUUACCACCUGGGUAUCCAGAACAACUUUGACUACAGCCGCUUCCUAAACUUUGCCAGAGUGUGUGAAGUGGACGGGCAGAAGAACAUAUGCACUAGAGAAAAGGAAGUAGGAAAUCUAUAUGACAUGUUCCACACCAGGAACUGUCUCCACAGGAGAGCCUACCAGCACAAAGUGUGCAACAUCAUAGAGACUAUGAUCACAGAAGCUUUUUUAAAAGCAGACCCGCACCUUCAGUUUGAAGGAUCAGAAGGAAAGAUGUUCACUCUGUCAACAGCCAUUGAUGACAUGGUGGCCUACACCAAGCUGACUGAUAAUGUGUUUGAACAAAUACUCAACUCGUCCUCACCCGAGCUGGCAGAGGCGCGACAGGUACUGCGCAACAUCGUCUGUCGACGCCUCUACAAGUGUCUGGGCCAAACUACCUCAGAAGAACCCAUAACUGUCACCCAGGAAACAAUUAAGAGCUGGGAAGCAGAUCUGGCUCGAGCCAUCCCACAGAGUGGGAGCCAGGAUGUCAAUCUGCAGCCAGAGGACUUCAUAGUUAGUGUUAUUGUUAUGGAUUAUGGGAUGAAGGAGAAGAACCCCAUCAACAAUGUGCGUUUCUAUUGCAAGAACGACGUGACUAAAGCCAUCCAGAUCCUCAAGAAUCAGGUGUCUAAAUUUCUCCCAGAGCACUUUGUGGAGCAGCUGAUUAGGGUCUACUGUAAGAAGACGGAUGAGAAGACACUGGAGGCUGCCAGGAAGCACUUUGUGCAGUGGUGCAUGGACAGGAACUUCUCAAAGCCUCAGGAUGGAGACAUAAUAGCCCCUGAGCUGACUCCUCUGAAACCCAGCUGGUCGAGCCCCAGUGAAGGCGAGGAUGGUGAAGAGGGUGUAUCCACAGAAGCAAACUCUGUCAAUGUAAAUGGACAAAAGAAGGCCAAAACUAAGCUGUUCUAAUAAGAGAGUGAGGGUUCACAUUUGGAGACAGAUCAGAUGAGACAGUGUGUCAUAUUUUUCAUAUUUUGUCAAGUGUGUUGAUGAGCAGAGCAAAUUGUUUUAUAACAAAAAGGCUUCAAAUAUUCAAAAAAGAAGCAAAGCAGCAUUUAAGAACUUGUUCUCAGGGUUUUGUUUGGUUUCGUUUUGUUUGGGUUCUUGUUACCACUACACAUCUUUGUGUUUUAAUCAUUUAAGCCUGGUUUUAAGUUACUUAUCUGGAAACUGAACUCUUGUCCAAAAGCCUCUCAUCAUGUAGUUAAAUGAUUUGAUAAAUCAAGUCAGGUAAAAUGUUACACAGACUGUAUUUCAGGGCAGUAUUUGUACAGCUGGUGUUGAAGUUUAUCAUUUUAUGUUAUUUUAUUGAACUUUCAGGUUUGAGGGUUUGUUUGUUUUUUUCAGAACUCUCAGGCUUUCAAAAGAAGCACAUCAAAAUGUUAUAAAUGACCCUCUGAUCAUAUUUAAAGUGAGCAUUUGUUUUUACUUAUUGGAUUGUUUGGACAGUUGGUUUGAUUUUUACUUUGAAUGCAUGUUUUCUUUGUUGAGUGUUUUGAAGUGUUUUAUUUAUUCUUCUUCUUACUAUAGCUCAGAUUGCUGACUGCCAUCUUUAAUUCAACGUUUCAAUGCAACAUUUUAAGUGGUGUUUGGGGUGCCUUUUAAAAAAGAUUUUGUCUUGCCAGGAUAUGGUGACAUCAUCAGGUCUUUGCUCAAUAUAUGCUUGAAAUAAUUUGCUGAAAAAUACAUAUGUAUUUUAUAAAACAUGUGAAUCAUAAAAGUACCAAAGUGGUGGAGAUAAUCUUGUCAAAAUAAAUGCUUUCUCUCAGUCAUGCCCUUCUGCAAGUGAUCUUUUUGAACACUAGAGGGCAUUGUUCAUUCAGUCAAGGCAAGGACUUUAUAUCAGGGUAAACGGCUGUUUUGUGGCCUGAUUGUUGCUUUACCUCUUUUCUUCAAACAAGACUGUCGGAGCCUUUAAGUAUGUGAUCAGCUUGAGGUAUUCGCAUAUACAUGUACAGUACCAGUCUAAAGUUUGGACACACUCAUGCAUUCAUUUGAAAGGGUGUGUCCAAACUUACUACGUACUAUAAGAGCUUUGUCAUUCAUUUCUUGUGGGUUCUUUGUGGAAUGCAAAAAUCAUUAAUCUGAAAAGCAAUCUCAGAAUUCUGUACUUACAUGUUCAGCCUUGAAGAAACAUGACUCCACAUUGGAAAAUCUUUUAAACCAAGAGUCAAAUUAUAAAGAAAUGCACAAUGUGAGUUGGUAUUUAAUAAUAAA